CUGCGUUCGUAACUUUACAUAUAUUCAUAACUACUAAUUGGUCGUGCUUAGUCGUCGGUUGGGGAGAGGAGAAGCACAUUAUUCAAAGUCCCGCAGGCAGUGAGCAUCCCUAGCAAAAAAUUCAUUAAAUUUAAAAUCGCCACACUUAAGGAAGGCCAGGCGAAGUCAAAAUACAGAAGGACAACCACCUGCGCGAAGACGUCUGAAAGAAUUGCCGGGCAAAAAAUAUCGACAUGAUCCUGGAUACUAUUAACCAAGGAUUCGUGACCCUGGUCGUUUUCCUGUGGGACACAUUAAUUCCAAUUUUUCGUAAAAUCCGAUUCUUCAUCCUCCUCCCGUUCACCCCGAUUUUGAAACCCCUCACGAAACACUUGUUCAGCUGUAUCGACGUAAAGGUCGACUCCGACGUGAAGUCACGACCCGACAUUUGCAUCCUGGAUGACCGAUUUUACGCCCGAUUUUGGGCCGACCAGAUGAUUGGUUAUGACGAAAUGUAUGUUGAAGGGUGGUGGACGACGGAAAAUAUGACCGCUUUGUAUAAAAAAAUCAUGCCCUUUUUGAGCCGGCGUCCAUGGAUAGUGAAGGUUUCUAUUUCCUAUUGGGAAGGGAUGCUUAGAUGGGGCGUCUUGAACACGGGGCGGGAAGGGCACAACUUCAGCGCGCCGCCGGAAUAUGAUUUACCCGUGGAGUACUUCAAACUGAUCACGGACAAGGCCCACAUGCAACACUCGUCGGGCUACUAUGCCCACGGAGCGAGGAGCUAUGCCGAGGCGCAGGUCGCAAAACUGCACCUGAUCGCGGCCAAACUCGAACUUAAAGCGGGCAUGACGCUGCUCGACCUCGGCUGCGGGUUUGGCGGGCUGGCCAAAUUCAUGGCGGACAAUUAUGGCGUUACCGUCGUGGGAGUCACGGUCUGCGAGUCGAUGGCCAAAAAGUCCGCGGAGCACUGCAGGGGGAGCAAGGUGACCAUCAAGGCGCAAGAUUGGAGACGCGUGGAGGGAAAAUUUGACCGCAUUACGGUCAUUGAAAUGCUGGAACAUGUCGGGAAGCAUAAUUAUGACGAGUUUUUUGGAAAAAUUGAAUCUCUCUUGAAACCUGGUGGUAGGAUUCUGCUCCAACAUUACUUUGUCAAAAGGGGUGUGCCCAACUUUGUCGAAUUUUUUUGCAAGUACCAAUUCGGGCAGGUGUAUUUCCCCGACAUGCACGAGUUUGUGGAGCCCUGUUGCCGUCACCUGCGCUUCGCCAACACGCAGGACAUCACGCUGGACGCGGAUUUGACGUAUCAGCACUACAUCGACAUGCUGGAGGCGAAUCGAGACGAGAUGGAGGCCGUCGCGGGGCCCAAGGUUUGGCGGGCUUGUCGGCUCACGUACGCCACCGCGGGCGCCAUGUUGACCACGAGGAACUUGCUGGUCUAUCAUACCGUCCUCGUGCGAAGGGAUGACCAGACCAGGGUGCCCUUGGCGCAGUGAGGAGGAAAUAUUAUCACAACUUGGUCAAGUCAUGUGGGCUCCCCGUUUGGUGAUGAUUCAAUACCGUUUUGCUAAGAGUGUACACUCAAAACUAAAAUUUGUCACAUUAACACAGCCCAUGUAAAUGUAUGACUUAACCGCCUUGGUUGCAAUCGUGAUUUCGAGUGGUAAUGAAAUUUUUCCGUCCGGUCAUAACCUUGUAACUACCGGUAUCAAAGUCAUCACAACUCGGAUACAACAUUGUUACCAAGGCGGUUAAGUCAUAUAGUGACACCGGCGGUGUUGAUUUGACAAAUUUGUGUUUUGAGUGUACUUGGCAAAUUAUACAUAACAAGUUGUGUCAUCCCAAAUUUUACGCGGCCAGAAUCAAAUUUAUUUAGGGUGAAUGUGCAUAUAUAUUUAGUUGAAAUCUUUUUUAUGUGAAAUGAGUCUCAGAUGUAUAAUAAAAUCGGAUCUAUUUGAUUGGUGAUGGGGAA